ACUCCUACAUGACAAAGCAGACAGGGAGUGAGCGCGCUGCUGGAACAUAGAAACAGACGAACGUUUUGGGAGGAAAGAUAGCCAAGAUAGUUCCAUAUUUUUACAUGCUACAUUUACGUUCUUUGGUUGUACACAAUUUCAGUAAGCGUUUCACGCUUUAGUUGCUGAAACAUUUAUAUUUUUCCCUCAAAGUGAACUUUACGCGUAUUUUUCCUGCUGCGAACCAAAUUUAUUUAUCGAUAGAGCAUCAUUGCAAAAGCUUGAUAGUGCUGAAGUGAGAACACCAGCGGAUGUGAGGAGUGUGUUUUCAGAGACUCAACCCCUUAUUCUUUCAAACCUUCUGUUUCUUUUUGUUUGGUCCAACAAUAGAGAGAGAGAAAGAGGGAGAGAGAGAGUGAGAGAGAAAGAGAGAGAGAGAGUCACAGGGAUUGGACUUGCUUUCAUGCCGUCAGUCUUGCGGACCCAGAGAUGGACGUGAGAUUUUAUCCAGCACCCCCUUCAAGCGUGGGUUCAUGUACAUUACCUACUGAUUCAAGUUGCCUGACCUCUUUGGACUAUUAUCACUGCAACAAGAGCAGAUACGGUGUGUCAGGCGACCGCGGCGUUCGACUCUACAGCUCCCUGCCCACGCGCCCCCACCCCGACGGGAAGAGACUGCCCUCUGCUGGGUUUGAUGGUGACAACAUGUACAUGAAUGAAAAUAACCAGGAGUUUCUCUCCCCAAAUCAGAGCUACUCCGGACAGGGCGGAGGCGGCGGUGGGAAUGGAGCGGGAGACGAGGACUACGAGAUCCCCCCCAUCACCCCCCCUAAUCACCCCGAGCCCCCCCUUCUCCACCUGAUGGACCCCGAGUCCAGCUACCUGUGCCACUCACUGGGGCCUCACCACAACGGCCUGCUCAACCCCUACAGCUACCCGGAGCUGCCCGCCCUCAUGAUGUCCAACAUGCUGGCCCAGGACGGCCACCUGCUCUCCGGCCAGAUGCCCUCGAUCCAGGAGAUGGCCCGCCACGACGGCUCACAUUAUGACCUCAGCCGUCACAACCCCCAUCUGAUAAACAGAUCACCUAGGAUACUGUCACACCAUCCCAUGAGCGCACUGUCCCAACUGAACUCUCAGGUCGGACGGAGUACGCUUACCCACGGUUCUCCCUCGCCUCCCGGAAGUAAAUCGGCCACACCCUCUCCCUCGAGCUCCACACAGGACGAGGAGACCGAUUCUCACCAUAAGAUCUUCUUCCAGAUUACGGGCGAGAAGCGACCAUCCUCUGAGAUGAUGAAGCCCAAGCCCAAACCACAGAAGAAGAAGAAGAAAAAGGACCCCAACGAGCCGUCGAAGCCCGUGUCGGCUUACGCCCUCUUCUUCAGGGACACCCAGGCUGCCAUCAAGGGCUCCAACCCCAACGCCACCUUCGGGGAUGUGUCCAAGAUAGUGGCGUCCAUGUGGGACAGCCUGGGGGAGGAGCAGAAACAGGGUUACAAGAGGAAAACAGAGGCAGCCAAGAAGGAGUACCUGAAAGCCCUGGCAGCGUACCGAGCCAGCCUGGUUACCAAGAACUACAACGACCCCGUGGAGACGAAAGGUGCUCAGACGAGCCAGCCCUCCUCACACAUGAUGCCCCCCAACCCGCCCCUGUACAGCGUGCCGCCCCAGCCCUCCUCCCCUUACAGCCUGGGUCCCGGUGGCUUCCCCCUGUCGGACCUGCAGAGCUACGCGGGGGCGCCACGCCACGCCCUCUCCCGGACCCUCAGCCAAUCCCAGAUGCUGCCCAGCAUUAGUGCCUCUCCCCCUUCAUCCUUCCAGAUCAGCCCACCCCUGCACCAGCAGCUCGCCCUGCACCAGAGCUCCCUCCUCAACCAGCCAAUCCGCAUGCAGCACGGACAGUCCCAGCCAAUCAUCUCCCACCAGAUGGGACUCCAGGCUUCCCUUCACUCGCCUCCACCUGGCCAGCAGGGAUUCUCCCAUCUACAGUCUGAGUACCAGAAAAGUGUGGGCUCCCAGUCUCCGGGGGCCAACCCUGGCGGGAGACCGAGCCAGGAGUGGGACGGUGAAUACUGCGACCGGGAGUGUGGUGGCAGCCACUGCAGUGGCAGCAUGAUAGCCAGGGACAAGCCACUCUACCUCACUUGAAGCUGUAGGCCGCCAUCAACAAGAAAAGACACCAGGGAGUCAGCCCUCAACCGCCCCACCUCACCCCAAAUACACCACCUCUCCACCCCCCCCCACCAAAACACCCAAGCAUCCCUCCUCCUCCACCAACAACCAUCACCCUUUUUUCUCAGUGUAAUGUUUUGGUUUUUUUUAGAAGGAUUUGUGCAAAGUUCUGACGACUACUAGCAACCCCUCUUCCCGCUUUUAUUUUGUUCUCUUUCGCCAAGCACUUACAAAUGUCCGGGCGUCUUUCUUUGCACGCCUGAUUCUAGAGCACUCUCUUGUCUCAGAGUAAAAAAAAAAACUAAAAAAA